GAAGCCUCCAUCUCGUUGAUUUUCAACACCGUAAACAACCUCUACGGUUAAGGUGAAAGAACCAUGGACCGGGGACUCUCAAAACCCGUCGCGGCUAAGGCUGAAGCACCUAAAAAAGAAGACACCAAUAGAAAAGAUUUGGCCUCGCAGACUUUCCGAUUACAGCUCAUACCCGCAUCAUUUGAGGGCCACGAUACCACUGAAAAAGAUGUACAAAAGUUGGUGAGGGAAGCGUACACUGUAGAGAGCGAUAUUGCAAUUUCGGUGCGGUCGCUCGCUAGACAUCACACAAGGAAAGAUGAGAAAGUGGCGACUAUCAGCUUUUCGGAAACGCCUCUUCGUCUGGCUCAAACACCGAAAUCGGUUCAGGAGUUCGAUUGCGUUGCACCGUUCAGAGUACGAUUGGACAUCAAUUUCCUCGGUCUUACACCAUUACACUCCCACGACAACCCCGAGAGCAGCCUUGACAUUGUUGCACUGUCAGGCUUGAAUGGCCAUGCAUUUGGCUCCUUCAAACGGAAAGGUGGUGACUACAUGUGGUUACGGGAUGACUUGUGUCAAUCCUUGCCAAAUGCUCGUGUUUUUAUCUAUGGAUACAGAACGGAGAUGGUAGGGAGUGAUUCGUUCCAGAGCCUUGAGGAUUUGGGCCUGUCUUUCAAGUCCACCUUAACAGCGCUUUUUAACUCCAAUGAUAGCAACCGCUCGCCAAAUCCACUGGUCCUAAUCGGCCACAGUCUUGGUGGCCUUGUCAUCAAGCAAACACUGUGUCAAAUGUCAGAAAAUAAUGCAGCCAGGGAGCUAUCAAUCCUGAAAUCCAUUUAUGGAAUCAUGUUUUUCGGCACGCCAAACCAAGGCAUGGACAUUUCAUCGCUUGUGCCGAUGGUCCAGGGGCAAUCAAACGAGGACUUUGUGCGUUCUCUUGGACUCGACUCCCCAGAACUACGCCAUCAAGCCAAUCAAUGGUAUCGUGUAUUCCAAGCGCGCGAAGGAGACAAAGUCGCAUCGGGUCUGGAAAUCAUAUCGUUCUACGAGACAAAGAACUCUCCAACGGCUAUCAAGGUCGAUGGUAAAUGGAAGAUGGGUGGAGAACCUGCCAAGCUGGUAGACAGAAACUCCGCUACUCAUGGUCGGCCGUUCGAUAGCAACGAACACUACGUGCAGCCGAUCGACCGCAACCAUUCUGAGCUGGUGAAGUUUCAAUCAAAUGUCGACGAUGUAUAUACCGAGAAGGUUUUUCCUUUGCUCAAAGGGUUUUACGAUACAGCAAGAAAUCAGACUUCUCUAAGUUAGCAUCAUCACCACAACAAAAAGAACUAGAAAAUUUCCGGCCGUCACCUUUCUUUCCCGAGGAGCAGAUCCACGCGGGGCAGAUUGUGGUAGCGGAGAAGAAUACAUGCAAUCAUUUUCCAAAGCACGAAAUCUCUCAGGAAUGGGCGAAGAAGAAUGGGAGGACAAAGGUUAUGAAAAGGCUACUAGAUACAGGAAAUAUUGAUGGGGAGUGAGGUUAGAGCAUGUAUGUGCGUAGAUAGCUUCAUAGCUCUCUUGUGUUAAGCAUAUUUCAAAGACUGGUUCCAAGACAUUUGCCGGGUCGCAGGUCAGUGGCGAAUUAGGGAAGAGGCUCGACGAUUCAUACUCUCACCGCAUACGAAAUACCUUAAACUUCUGAACAAUAUUAUCCUCUACAGCUUCCCAAGAA